AUGAAGUGUGGGUCUCAGGCUGGGGAUGGGGAGUGUGGGUCUCAGGUUGGGAUGAAGUGUGGGUCUCAGGUUGGGAUGAAGUGUGGGUCUCAGGUUGGGAUGAAGUGUGGGUCUCAGGUUGGGAUGAAGUGUGGGUCUCAGGCUGGGAUGAAGUGUGGGUCUCAGGCUGGGAUGAAGUGUGGGUCUCAGGGUCCCAAGAAUCCCUCCGAGAAUCCCCCAGGGUCCCGAGAAUCCUUCGAGAAUCCCCCAGGGUCCCCAAGAACUCUCCGGAGAACUCCCCAGGGUCCCAAGAACUCUCUCCGGAGAACCUCCUCCCAGGGUCCCGAGAACCCCCAGGGUCCCCGAGAAUCCUUCGAGAAUCCCCCCCAGGGUCCCAAGAAUUCUCGAGAAUCCCCCAGGGUCCCAAGAACCUCCGAGAACUCAGGUCCUGGAGAAUCCCCAGGUCCCAAGAACCGGAGAAUCCCCUUAGGGUCCCAAGAAUCUCCGAGAAUCCCCCCAGGUCCCGAGAAUCCCCCAGGGUCCCAAGAAUCCCUCGAGAAUCCCCCAGGGUCCCAAGAAUCCCUCGAGAAUCCCCCAGGGUCACAAGAAUCCCAAAUAUUCAGGGGUUUCAGAGCUUCUUCACUAGGGCGAACAAGGGUCCAAGGGGUCCUUUUGGGUCACAGUAUGCAGUACCCCCCUUUCCCCCCCUCAAAAAAAAAGGGUCUAGGGGGGGUCUUAGUGAAGGGUCCCAGUGUCCCGUGGUCCCUCAUUACUCCCCCUUUGGCGCACUAA